UGAUUUGCUAAGCGGCGAGCAGAGAGGAGUUAGUGCGCGUGAGAGCGGGUACUGUGAACUGCGUUACUAUGCUAUAGUCCCAAUAACCGCACACUCGGAAGCGAAACGUGCGACACAGAUUGAACUUAUCUUGUUUACAAAGAUAACUGAACAGACUGCUACGUGGAAAGCAAGACUCAUGAGUUGGCCGUGUGGAUUUCAGCGACGUUAUGGAUUUGACUAAAAUGGGUAUGAUCCAGCUCCAGAAUCCCAACCAUCCCAAUGCCCUGCUGCACAAGGCAAACCAGAUGCGCCUGGCCGGCACGCUGUGCGACGUGGUCAUCAUGGUGGACAGCCAGGAGUUCCACGCUCACCGGACAGUGUUGGCCUGCACCAGUAAGAUGUUCGAGAUCCUCUUUCACCGCAACAGCCAACAUUACACUCUGGACUUUCUCUCACCAAAGACCUUCCAGCAGAUUCUGGAGUAUGCCUACACUGCCACGCUCCAAGCUAAAGUUGAGGAUCUAGAUGACCUGCUGUACGCGGCAGAGAUAUUAGAAAUAGAAUACUUGGAAGAGCAAUGCCUGAAGAUACUGGAGACCAUCCAGUCCUCUGACGAAAACGAUGCGGAGGUUAACAUGAACGACGGCGGGGCCGAAGACGAUGAAGAACGCAAGGUGAGGCACGGCAGGAACCCAAAAAAGCAUUCCAUGGAGGAGAGCGCCUAUGUCUCUGCUGCACAGCAGGCGCUGGCACUGUCCGGAAUGGUGGAUCAGAGUCCGUCAGUAUCCACCUCCUUCGGUCUCUCCACCCUGAGCCCAACUAAAGCCGCCGUGGACAGCCUAAUGAGCAUCGGCCAGUCCCUCCUGCAGAGCAGCAUGCACUCCGGCGUGGGAUCCGAACAGGCCCUGCACGGCAACUCCCACCCCAUGAUGGGAGAGAUCAAGAUGGAGAUGAUGCAAGUAGACGAGGGCGGAGAGCACGACAGCCCCAAAGGCCUGGAGUCCAGCGGCUCCAGCAACGGCGAGCGAAGCGGAGACCAUGACAAGAAUCGUGACGGGCCUGGAACCCCCACCAGGAGCAGUGUGAUCACCAGUGCCCGUGAGCUGCACUACGUUAGGGAGGAAGGCGUUGGAGACCAGCAGUCCGAGGUCAACCAGAUGGGGCUUGAGGCCAUGGCGGGAAUGACUGAAAAACACUUGGCGUCGUUGUAUGGCUUGCCACCCAACCAUAAGGGUGAAGCCAUGCUGUCUAUGCCUGCCUCGAUGGCUUCAUCCUUACACAUGGCACCAGCCCUGGCCAUGUCCAUGGACUUCAGUGCCUACGGGGGGCUGCUGCCUCAGAGCUUCAUCCAAAGGGAGUUCUUCAACAAGCUCGGUGAGUUAGCUGCUGGGAUGAAGCCCGACGGCCGUGGCCAACACGAGCGCUGCAACGUUUGUGGUGCUGAACUUCCUGACAAUGAGUCCAUUGAGCAACAUAGGAAGCUACACAGUGGAAUGAAGACCUACGGUUGUGAGCUUUGUGGCAAACGCUUCCUAGACAGUUUGCGCCUGAGGAUGCACUUGCUAUCUCACUCAGCUGGUGAGAAAGCCAUCGUCUGUGACCAGUGUGGAGCUCAGUUUCAGAAGGAGGAUGCUCUGGAGGCUCACCGUCAGAUUCACACAGGAUCAGAUAUGGCCAUCUUCUGUUUGCUGUGUGGGAAACGGUUCCAGACGCAGCCGGCUUUGCAGCAGCAUAUGGAGGUCCACGCAGGUGUGCGCAGCUACAUCUGCAGCGAGUGCAACCGCACGUUUCCCAGCCACACCGCACUCAAGCGCCAUCUCCGCUCACAUACAGCAGGUGAUCACCCAUUUGAGUGCGAGUUCUGCGGCAGCUGCUUCAGAGACGAAAGCACGCUGAAGGGACACAAGCGCAUCCACACCGGAGAGAAGCCCUAUGAAUGUAACGGCUGCGGCAAGAAGUUUAGCCUCAAACACCAGCUGGAGACCCACUACCGUGUCCAUACAGGUGAAAAGCCGUUUGAGUGUAAGCUGUGCCACCAGCGCUCCAGGGAUUACUCUGCCAUGAUCAAACACCUGCGCACCCAUAACGGAGCCUCGCCGUAUCAGUGCACCAUCUGCCUGGAAUACUGCCCCAGCCUCUCCGCCAUGCAGAAGCACAUGAAGGGCCACAAGCCAGAAGACAUCCCUCCAGACUGGAGGAUAGAGAAGACUUACCUGUACCUCUGCUACGUCUGAAAGGGGAGCGGGGAGCCGAAUGGGGGAUUGGG